CGUACAUAAUUAUCCAUUUGUCCGUAUUUUUCUGUCCAAUUAAUUCACAAAUAAUGAGAGAUGACGACAAGUUUCCAGAAGAAAGCCAGGGGCAAGGUCCUUCAGAUCCCCGGGGCGAAACCUUCUUUGUAUAACAAUCAGCUGCUAGUUUCAACAGGCAUCCCCUCACUGGAUCAGCUGCUUGGAGGAGGGUUGGCAGUCGGCACUGUGAUGCUUGUGGAGGAAGACACAUUUGGCAGCUAUGCCAGACUUCUGCUUAAGUAUUUUUGUGCUGAGUCGGUUAUGACAGGACAUUCCCUGAUGGUCUCUUCUGCUGAUAAUGAUCCUGAUCAGUUGUUAAAAGAAUUGCCUAGGCCAAUUUUAGAUGAUCCAGGAGUAAAGGAUGAGGCAAACAUUACUGUAGGUGAAGAUGAUAGCAUGAAGAUUGCUUGGCGUUAUCGGCACUUGCCAAAGUUUCAGUCUUCCUCUACUGCAGUAAAGUUUGGACACUACUAUGACUUAAGUAAAACAAUGGAAGAUGAUUUAGUAUCAACAAUCAAUGUGAAAAUGAUAGGUUCUGAAGAUAUUAUUCAAUCCCCGGCCUGCAACAACCAUAAUCCGAAAUAUCUCCAUCUGUUGAAAAGCAUACAAGAGUGCAUUGAAGUUGGUGGUUUUGGAACUUCUGCAACACCUGAAAAAAGAAACAUAUUGAGAAUAGCUAUGCAUUCCCUUGGAUCACCUCUCUGGGGUGAAAACGGGGGACUUCAACCGGAUGACCAUUACGAUCCUUCACUUAUCAAGUUUCUUUUAGGACUGCGAGCCAUUCUUAGAUCAUCAUUUGGUGUUUGUGUGGUAACGAUUCCAACACAUCUGUUUUGUGACAAAGCUUUUAUAAAUCGAGUAGAAAGGAUGUGUGACACCGUUGUACACCUAGAUAGCUUUGUUGGUUCAGAAAGGGAGAAAAACCCUGCUUACAAAGAAUAUCAUGGACUGUUCAAUAUCAAGAAACUCCCAAGUUUGAACACUUUAGUUUGCCAUAUGCCUGAGUCUCUUGAUCUAGCUUUUAAGCUUAGGCGAAAGAAGUUUGUGAUAGAGAAGUUGCACCUUCCACCAGACCUUUCGGAGACAGCUAGCCGCUCCCAGGAAGACCCGGUCCCUAAACUUGCAGCUGGGUCAUCAUGUGGUACUGGUGGCUCUGGCAAGUCCAAGCUUGACUUUUGAUCUCAGCUGAUUUACUCUGGGCAAUGUGUAUUAAAAACAUGUUAUUUCAAACUUAAUAAUUGAUGGAUCACAUUAAAUGCUCAUUCACAAAUGUA